AUGGAGAGACAGUCAAAAAUGCGCGGGAACAUCAUCCUUCUUCCUCAACCGAGUGAUGAUAUGGCGGAUCCGCUGAAUUGGAGCCAGCGCAAAAAGUACACGACUCUGGGCAUCCUCAGUCUGGCUGCCUUUGCUUCCCAUUGCGCUGCUAUCGGGAAUCAGCAGGGCAUUAGCUCACAAGCUGAUCUUUAUCAUAAAGGCCUGAAUGACAUGGCCGACACGGUUGCCACAGCCAUAGCUGGACUUGUGGCAGGACCUUUGUUCCUCAUGCCGUUGAUACAUAUAUUCGGCUGCUGCUCAGUACUUUUAUGGAGCAUGGUUGCAGCUACUGGUGGUACUAUAUGGUCCGCUCUCAUGACCAAGCCGGAUCAGUAUGUUGCAUUCACACUCUCUCGUCUGUUCGUAGGGUUGUUUAGCGCGACACCAACUAUUUUGGGACCGCAGAUGCUGGUUGAAAUCUUCUUUCUCCACGAGCGGGGCACUGUUUUCAAUUUCUUCAUGGUAUGGUCGACAUUUGGUACAGUCAUAGGACCAACCUUAGGCGGGUUCAUUGCCGACCAUGCCCCGUGGCCUUAUGAGUUUUGGUGGACGGUAGCUUUGCAGGGUGUAGUCAUUCUUCUCGCAUUUCUCUUCCUAGAAGAGACCGGGUUCACUCGAGAGGACCGAAAAGUGUAUCCCCUUCCACCUUCAAGUUUCGUACGAAAUCGAGUGGCCACGUACUUUCCCGGCACGCGCGUUGCACGUACUGGGGGGUUAAAAGCAGCAGUGAGUGACAUCUCGAUAUGUAUCUACUAUCUCUCGGCUCAUCAUAUCCAGCUUCAUUCCGCAUGGGCGCAAAUUUUGAUUGGGGUCACCCCCGUAACCAUCCUAGUUGGGAUCUUUAUGCUAGGAUUGUCCGGAUGGUUUGUGAGUUUCAAUACUCUCUUGAGUGUCUUCUUGCAGGAUCCCAUCGAGGCUGGGGGUUAUGGGUUCUCGGCUCAGCAGAAUGCAGCAUUCACCUUUACGAUGUGGAUCGGAGCCGCUGUGGCACUGAUCUGGGGCCAUUUCUUCAACGACCGCAUCCCGUUGUACUUUGUCGCCAGAUACUCGGGAACUUGGAAGCCUGAAUACCGGCUUCACGCACUCUGGGUUCCUGCGUUUCUCGUACAGCCGAUUGGGUUGGGUAUAGUGGGUGCCACACUGCAGUAUCACCUGCAUUACAUGGUCCUGGCUGUCGGCACUUUCCUUGUCACAGCCUCGUCUGUCGCCAUCAGUCCCGUCGCAAUUAAUUAUUUAGUUGAAUGUUUCAUGAAAUAUCCAACGGAGUUGAACUGCAUCUUGGGGAUAUAUCGACUAGGUAUAGGCCUGGGAAUCCCAUUCUUCAUCGAUGCUUGGGUUGCACAAGUCAGCAUUGGCUGGGUCUUUGGUACUAUGGCCAUUUUGUGCUUGGUACUGUUCGUCCCAAUCGUCAUUCUCAUGCUAUAUGGCCAUGCAAUUCGACAGAUGGGGUUUGCUGAAUUGCACGAGGACGAGGAGGGAGCUCAGAUUAUGAAGGAAGAGACUGAGAAAUGA